AUGGAUGAGCUUACUCAAUAUAAUGAGAAUUCUGAUAUAUACAAGAUAAAUAAUGAAGGAGAGAGCACUGAAGAAGGUUGUGAUAGGAAAAGAGUAGAGAAUGACAGAGAGAGCAAAGAAAAGAAGGAAGAAGAAGCAUUUGAGCCGAUAGAGACAAGGGCAAACGAGAGGAAAACAAAGCACAAUGAGCCUAGUUGUGCUAUCUGUACUGUCUGCAUAGACUGUGAUGUCUCUGGCAGUUGCACUAGCUACCGUGGGUGUACUCAGCAGGCCGGCCUCGUAGAACUGCUGCGGGGGUUGAAACAAGUUAGUGAACAAUAG